AUGUCUGUUACGCUCCAUACCACCCAAGGCGACCUGAAGGUCGAGCUGUUCUGCGAAACAGUCCCCCAGACAGCAGAGAACUUCCUCGCCCUCUGCGCAUGCGGCGCAUACAAUAACACCCCCUUCCACCGUUUUAUUCCUGGAUUCAUGAUCCAAGGCGGCGAUAUAUCCCUCGGACCAGCGACAGCGCCCUCCAUAAAGCCACUGGUUCCCUUCGAAAUCCCCAAAGGUGGCACCUCAAUCUACCACCCGUCAGCCCUGAAUCAAGAAAUCCACAUCCCUGCCCUCCGGCACAAUACGCGCGGAAUCCUCUCUAUGGCCGCUCGACCCGUCAAAGAUCGCACAGCACCUGGCUCGCAGAAUGCUACGGGGGCCACGAUUAAUGGAAGCCAGUUCUUCGUCACCUUUGCCGCAGCACCGCAUCUGGAUGGAAAUAGUACCGUGUUUGGAAAAGUGUUGAACCUGACCGCUCAAGAUGAGGGAGGUGAUGUGCUGGGUAAUCUGGAAAAGGCCAAUGUCAAGGUUGAUAAAAAGGGGAGGGUGAUACAGCCAAAAGAGGGGGAGGAGCAUGCAGCCAUGCGUAUCAACAGGGUGACGAUUCAUGCGAACCCAUUCGCAAAGUGA